UAAGUUUGACUGAUUAUGGAGAUUUGGACUCUUAUCAGCACCCAAGAUUGUUUUAAGGCUUCGUGGAGCUUGCAUAAAUUGGUACAUUUAAAGGCCAAGCAGUCCAAUGGGGCGGGAAAUCCAGAGAACGAAGGCUGGCAAUAUUGCAUGAAGAAAGGACAGGGUCGAACUCCAAAACUUCCUUAUUUUGAUUGGACAGGGACAUUGAGACCAUAUCCUAUAUCUAGUAAGCGUGUGGUACCUUCUCAUAUUGAUCUACCUGAUUGGGCAGCUGAUGUAAGUUUUGGAAUCAUUUCUAUGUAAUCCUCAUGGUUUAUUUGCAUAGAUGCACUGCAUCUUUUGCUGUAAACAAUUGGAUGU